AUGGUUUCCAAGGCCACGACAACCUCAGCUCUCUUUCUUGCCUUUAACCUUACCUUUUUCAUUCUGGUCAGUGCUUGUGUCCAUUGCGCACCACCACCUCCUAUUGCCCCACCUCCUGAAGCAACUUGCCCCACAGAUGUCCUGGAAUUGCGCACAUGUGCUAAUUUGCUGAAUCUAACUGGGAUCGUCACUGGACCUCGCCCAAAAAGACCUUGUUGCUCUCUCAUUGCUGGCCUUGCUGACCUCGAGGCAGCUCUUUGCCUUUGCACUGCCAUCAAAGCCAAUAUUUUGGGGAUCAUCCUUAAUGUCGAUCUUGCCCUUGAGAUUCUUCUGAAUGAUUGUGGCAAGAGUCGUCCAUCAGGGUACACAUGUGCCUAA